AUGGCUGCAUUAGGGAGAGUUAGAUACUACCUAAGUCUAUUAUUGACACUUCGUUCUCAUUUUUCUUGCAAUAGGAGUUACGAGGCAAAAGAUAAACUAAAACCUGAAGCCCCAAUAAUUAGAAAAGUUAUAAAUAUGUCGAAAAUAAAGUCAGCUAAUCUUCAAGGUAGUAGGAAACCUAUUGAACCAGUUGCCAUACCUGAUAGCUCUACUGAUACAUCAAGUGAUGAAUCCGAUACUACCAGUUUUGUGAUAGUUAAAAAAGCAUCUAAACAACGUGAAUAUGGGAAAGAUAAUAAAACUGUUAAAAAUAAGAGAACAGCACCAACUUUGUCUCUUUUAUCUGAAAGUAAUUCUAAAUUGAGCUCCGGUUCAAGAUCAAGAAAGAGACGACAACUUGAUACUUCAGAUAAAUCUAUUUUGACCUCAGUAUCUGUGUCUUACAGCGAUAGUUCUGAGUCUGAAACUAACUCUAAAAAGAAAGUAGUACCUUCCAGACAGAAUGCUCCAGUUUUCUCAAAAGAUCACUCUUCUGACAAUAAUGACAACUCAAAUUUGAAAAGUGGGUCUAAAAAAAAGUUACUUAUAUCUUCUAAGAAAACUAAGAAACCUGCAAGUUUUUCUAAGAGUGAAUUAUCUUCUAGUAGAAGUGGUGAUUCUAGCUCUGAAAUAGAGAUAAAGAAGAAGUCAACCGUAAAUAAUAAAUCAAAGUCAAAGAAGGCUAUGAGCUCUUUUGAUAGUGAAUCUUCAUCUAGUACUAGUAGUGAUUCUGAUUCUGAUUCUAAUUCUAAAGUUAAAAAACCAACAACUAUUAAAUCAAAUUCAAAGAAGUCUAUGAGUUCUUCUGAUAGUGAAUCUUCAUCUAGUACUAGUAGUGAUUCAGAUUCUGAUUCAGAUUCUGAUUCUAGAAUUAAGAAGCCAACUACAACUAUUAAAUCAAAUUUAAAGAAGUCUAUGAGUUCUUCUGAUAGUGAAUCUUCAUCUAGUACUAGUAGUGAUUCAGAUUCAGAUCCUGAUUCUGAUUCUGAUUCUAAAAUUAAGAAGCCAACAACUAUUAAAUCAAAUUCAAAGAAGUCUAUGAGUUCUUCUGAUAGUGAAUCUUCAUCUAAUACUAGUAGUGAUUCAGAUUCUGAUUCUAAAAUUAAGAAGCCAACAACUAUUAAAUCAAAUUUAAAGAAGUCUAUGAGUUCUUCUGAUAGUGAAUCUUCAUCUAAUACUAAUAGUGAUUCAGAUUCUGAUUCUAAUUCUAGAAUUAAGAAGCCAACAACUGUUAAAUUAAAUUCAAAGAAGCCAACUACAACUAUUAAGUCAAAUUUAAAGAAGUAUAUGAGUUCUUCUGAUAGUGAAUCUUCAUCUAAUACUAGUAGUGAUUCAGAUUCAGAUCCUGAUUCUGAUUCUAAAAUUAAGAAGCCAACAACUAUUAAAUCAAGUUCAAAGAAGUCUAUGAGUUCUUCUGAUAGUGAAUCUUCAUCUAAUACUAGUAGUGAUUCUGAUUCUAAUUCUAGAAUUAAGAAGCCAACUACAACUAUUAAAUCAAAUUCAAAGAAGUCUAUGAGUUCUUCUGAUAGUGAAUCUUCAUCUAAUACUAGUAGUGAUUCAGAUUCUGAUUCUAGAAUUAAGAAGCCAACAACUAUUAAAUCAAAUUCAAAGAAGUCUAUGAGUUCUUCUGAUAGUGAAUCUUCAUCUAAUACUAGUAGUGAUUCAGAUUCUGAUUCUAAAAUUAAGAAGCCAACAACUAUUAAAUCAAAUUUAAAGAAGUCUAUGAGUUCUUCUGAUAGUGAAUCUUCAUCUAAUACUAGUAGUGAUUCAGAUUCUGAUUCUAGAAUUAAGAAGCCAACAACUAUUAAAUCAAAUUCAAAGAAGUCUAUGAGUUCUUCUGAUAGUGAAUCUUCAUCUAAUACUAGUAGUGAUUCAGAUUCUGAUUCUAAAAUUAAGAAGCCAACAACUAUUAAAUCAAAUUUAAAGAAGUCUAUGAGUUCUUCUGAUAGUGAAUCUUCAUCUAAUACUAGUAGUGAUUCAGAUUCUGAUUCUAGAAUUAAGAAGCCAACAACUAUUAAAUCAAAUUUAAAGAAGUCUAUGAGUUCUUCUGAUAGUGAAUCUUCAUCUAAUACUAGUAGUGAUUCUGAUUCCUAUUCUAAUUCUAGAAUUAAGAAGCCAAUUACAACUGUUAAAUCAAAUUUAAAGAAGUCUAUGAGUUCUUCUGAUAGUGAAUCUUCAUCUAGUACUAAUAGUGAUUCAGAUUCUGAUUCUAAUUCUAGAAUUAAGAAACCAACUACAACUGUUAAGUUAAAUUCAAAGAAGUCUAUGAGUUCUUCUGAUAGUGAAUCUUUAUCUAGUACUAGUAGUGAUUCUGAUUCUGAUUCUGAUUCUAAAAUUAAGAAAUCAACAACUAUUAAAUCAAGUUCAAAGAAGUCUAUGAGUUCUUCUGAUAGUGAAUCUUCAUCUAGUGAUAGUAGCAAUGGCUCCGAUUCUAAUUCAGAUACACAAACCCCACCUUCAAAGCGUCAAGCUUCAGAGGAUAUUUCUAGGCAACCAAAACAUUUGAAAUUGGAAGAUACAACUUCCUUUAAUCGUAAACGUUUAUCGAACAAUGAAGAUUCCCAACAGAGAAAGAAAUCCAACAUAAGCAAGGAUAACCGUGAAGUAUACUGUGGAAAUUUACCUUACUCUUGUACUGAAGAAGAAGUUAGAGAAUUAUUUGCUGAAUGCGGCUCUAUGGAGAGAGUUUCAGUAUUGGAAAAUAAAGGUUGUGCAUUUAUUACAUUUAAAACAGAAGAAGGUGCAAAGUCAGCAAUGGAGUGGAACAGAACAGAGUAUAAAGGUAGAAUGCUGAGGAUCAAUAUGUCAGUUGAUAAGCCCCAACCUGGCAGUAUAUCUAGUACUGGAUUUGGGCCUUCUGUCAUUGUUAGAAAUAUUCCAUUUUCAUCAGAUGAGUCAAGUAUCAAGUCAUUCUUUUCAAAUUGUGGUAAUGUGCGGCGUGUAUCAAUCCCUAGAUAUUCUGAUACUGGCAAAAUGAGAGGCUUCGCAAUGGUUGAAAUGGAGAAUGAUGAGCAAAUACAAAAUGUAUUAAAGUUAUCGGGAACUUCAAUGAAUGGACGUGAAGUAACUAUUGAAAUUGCUCAUGGGAAAGGUGGUGGAUCAGGUGGAAAGAAACCAGUAUUCGGAGGUGGAGGUAGGCAAAGUAAUAUUAAUACCUCAUUCCAAGGCAAGAGUACAACUUUUAAUGAUAGUGACUAG